AUGACUGAUACAGAAGUAGCUAUUUCUGGCAAUGGUGGGGCAGGUGGUGAUACUGAAAUUGAUUUAUAUGCUGAUGUUGUCGAAAAUGAACUUGACACCGGAGUGGGAGAUGAUUAUAUGACAAAUGAUGCCCAUUUAGUACAAGAUACAGAUUUAUACGAUGAUGUGAUUACGACACAAUCGGCGUCAACAGAUUUUGCUGAUAUUACAAAUAUAGUCAAUCAAAAUCAUGUCAAACUUGAUCAAUCAAAUGGUUCGACAGGCCGAAGUACACCAUCAAAUAGUUACAAUGGAAAACGAGUAUCACUUUACGUUGGUCAAUUGACUUGGUGGACAACAGAUGCUGAUCUAGCUAAUACAAUUCAUGAAUUAGGCAUCACCGAUUUGCUUGAAGUUAAAUUUCAUGAAAAUCGUGUCAACGGGCAAUCAAAAGGGUUUGCCGUUGUUACCGUCGCUUCAGAAGCAUCAUCUCGGAUGAUCUUAGAGAAGAUACCUAAACGAGAAAUUCAUGGACAAAAUCCAACUGUUUUGCCUUGUAAUAAACAAUCGCUCAGCUUUUUUGAAGGCGUUACUCGUAAAGAUGCACCAGUCGAACCUAUGCCACCAAUGGCUGCACCACCUCUUCGUCAAAUGAUGCGUCCACCAGUUGGACUUCCGUUACCGAUGCCUCGUGGCGGUCAUAUGGAUGGACCAUACCGUUUUCCACAUCAAGGAUCGAUUAUUUUGCCAGGAGCACCACCCGGCAUGGCUCGUCCACCAAUGCAAGUUGCGCUCGGUCCACGAGGUCAUGUACCUGGCAAUCAAUUAGUUCUGGGCCGAAUGCCCGGUCCACCUCUAUCCGGUGUUCAUCCACAACAAUCCGUUCUCGUUAUGCAACGACCUGGUGUUCCACCAGGUGUUAAUGGACCCCCUCUAGUACGCCAACCGAUGGCACCUGGUGCACCAGGUGUACCCGUCUCUUCUAGUUCUAUGCCAGUUAUGCCUGGUCAGCAUCCGCCUGGAUACUAUCCAGGUCAACCAGGUCAAGGCUCUCAUCCACACGGUGUUCCAAUGCCUGGUCAACCACAUCCUGACCCCUACUAUCGUGGUGUUGAUGCUCGUUCUGAUCCAGCAAAUAUGAUGCCCAUUAGUGAAGCUGAAUUUCAAGAAAUUAUGGAACGAAACAAAACUGUUUCCAGUAGUGCAAUUGCUCGAGCUGUUCAGGAUGCGUCUGCUGGCGACUUUGCUACAGCUAUUGAAACCUUAGUGACAGCAGUUUCAUUGAUCAAACAAUCGAAAAUCGCCAAUGAUGAUCGAUGUAAAAUCUUAAUCAGUUCUCUUCAAGACACACUCAAAGGCAUUGAAGAUAAAUCCUACGGUCAACGAACACGCCAUCGAAGUCGAUCUGGAUCACCACGUGAAUCUUCACGUAAGAAGCAUCGUCAUCGUUCACGUAGUCCGCGUGAUCGCAAUGAAUAUCGUCGUAAUGAAGAUUAUGAUGGCAAAUAUAGCCGUGAACAUCGGCGACGUUGA